UCUCCUAAGGCCUGUGCAGCCGCGGCCCUCGCACGUGCAGUUCACGGGCCUGGGUUCUAGAGCGGCCUCCUCAGUGUCUGCGGUCCAGCUGUCUGUAGCCCGUCCUCCAGAGCUGACUGUGAUGGUGGCUGCCCUCCCCCUAGGCUGUUUAUACCAUCAGCGUGGGGCUUCUUUUGGCGGUGACCCAAAGAAUGAAGAUAUUCAAAUGUUGUUUUAAAUAUCCCCUACAGCAGAAAGUUUUCAUCCUGUUUUUAACCCUAUGGCUGUUCUCCUUGUUAAAGCUGCUAAACGUGACAAGACUCCUGUUCCCGCAAAGAGACAUUUACUUGGUGGAGUACUCCUUAAGUACCUCACCUUUUGUAAGAAACAGAUACACUCAUGUGAAUGACGAAGUCAGGUAUGAAGUUAACUGUUCAGGUAUCUAUGAACAGGAGCCUUUGGAAAUUGGCAAGAGUCUGGAAAUAAGAAGAAGAGACAUCAUCGACUUGGAGGAUGAUGAUGUCGUGGCAAUGACCAGCGAUUGUGACAUCUAUCAGACUCUGAGAAGGUACUCUCAAAAGCCCGUGUCCAGGGAGGAGAAAAGCUUCCCGCUAGCGUAUUCUUUGGUUGUCCACAAAGAUGCAAUUAUGGUUGAAAGGCUCAUCCUUGCUAUAUACAACCAGCACAAUAUCUACUGCAUCCAUUAUGACCGCAAGUCACCUGAUAGCUUCAAAGUCGCCAUGAACAAUUUAGCUCAGUGCUUCUCCAAUAUUUUCAUUGCAUCCAAAUUAGAGACUGUGGAAUAUGCCCACAUCUCCAGACUCCAAGCUGAUUUAAAUUGCUUGGCAGACCUUCUGAAGUCUUCCGUUCAGUGGAAAUACGUUAUCAACCUGUGUGGGCAAGAUUUUCCCCUGAAGUCAAACUUUGAAUUAGUGUCAGAACUGAAGAAACUCAAUGGAGCAAAUAUGUUGGAAACAGUGAAACCCCCUAACAGUAAAAUGGAAAGAUUCACUUAUCACCACGAACUCAGACGGGUGCCUUAUGAAUAUGUGAAGCUGCCAAUAAGGACCAAUAUCUCCAAGGAAGCGCCCCCUCAUAACAUUCAGAUAUUCGUGGGCAGCGCUUAUUUUGUUUUAAGUCGAGCAUUCGUUAGCUAUAUUUUCAACAACUCCCUCAUUGAAGACUUUUUUGCAUGGUCUAGAGACACGUAUUCUCCUGAUGAACACUUCUGGGCUACCUUGAUUCGGGUACCAGGAAUACCUGGGGAGAUUCCCAGAUCAGCCCAAGAUGUGUCUGACCUACAGAGUAAGACCCGCCUUGUCAAAUGGAAUUAUUACGAAGGCUUUUUCUAUCCCAGUUGUACUGGCUCUCACCUCCGAAGCGUCUGUAUAUAUGGAGCCGCAGAAUUAAGGUGGCUUAUAAAAGAUAGACAUUGGUUUGCUAAUAAAUUUGAUUCUAAGGUGGACCCUAUCUUGAUUAAGUGCUUGGCAGAGAAGCUUGAAGAACAACAGAGAGAGUGGAUCACUCUGUCUUCAGAAAAGUUAUUUAUGGAUAGAAAUCUCACAGCCACAUCAUUACAGUAAAAUCAUGAUGGAAGUGAGAGGGCAUCUGAUAAAUGGAGUCAAUAUAGAACUGUAAACUCUACCAUGCCCAAUGCCAUUUGAACUUAAUCCUCUCAUAGUUUGAAAUGUGUCUCAAAUUCUAUGCACAAGUGAACAUUAUCCAGCCUUGAGGAUAUCAGCCUACAGUUGGUUAGGUCUGUUAAUGUUUGCUUUUGCUUGUAAUCUCACUGAGCUAAAUCAGAGAGCUUAAACAUUCAGUAAGUCAUCAAACAUUUAUUGAGUUCCUAACUGUGUAACAGUCACUUUUUUAGACAUGGUGGCUUACUCUUAUCAAACAGCAGCCUCGAUAUCUUUAAGUUCUCCACAUUAACAAUCAGAAUUUGACUGAAGAAAUUUUUGGGGUCUAUGGGAAUCACAUGAUCAUAUAAACCACCCCUUUUAGAGUAGCAUUUAAGUACAGUGACCAACACUCCAUUGGUCUCUUAAUUCAGCUCCCAGGACAUUUCUUAACCAUUAGAAUAACUAGAAGGAGAGACUCACUACCUCAGAAAAGCUCAGAGAAUCGUCCGAUUUCCCGCUUGCCAAAGCGCAACUUGCCUUUUGUGCAUCACGUGUUCAGUUCCGGUUGGGGAGACUGUUAGUGGGACAUUCAUAGAGUCUGAAAGUUCGGGAAGGUGGGGAGGGGGUUGGGACAGGUGGUGUUAGAAGAACAAAGGGAUUUAUACAACUUUUUUAUCGUGUUACAAAAUGACAUUAUGGAUGGCCUCCAGUUUAAUUCGACUGUUUCUUUAAAGCACCUUUAUUGAUGAAAAAUAAGGACUAAUUAACAGCUCCGAGUGUCACACACCAGAACAUUAAACCAAAGUCUUCAGUUCCUAGGUUAUCAUUAUAGGUAAGUUUCUUACGAUGGAAUAUUUCCUAUGGAAUUAGUAUUAUUUUGUUUUAUGGGACUAUCAAGCUAAGAGUCUCUAAAUUCCCUUGGAAGGGUUGUAUGAAAUAUGACAGCUUUCUAAAUUAUUAUGGUCAUUUAAAAAUUUUUCCUCUCUGGCAACUGCCCAAACAAAAUCCAGAUUUAAAAUGUUAAAAGCUCCAAGUUUAUUGCAGUCUUCUUCUCAGCUUUCUCAGAGAGAAAAUGCAAAUUUUCCUAAGGACACAACAAGAAUAUUCAUUAAUGAUAUUUUGUGAACCCCACACUUGAGAAAACUACCAAAGGAGUCAUAUAUAUAUGAUAUAUAUAUAUAGUAUAUGUAUUUUAAUGUAACUGUAUUGUGCUAGGGGUGAAACGGGGCCGUAACAUUUUUUCUAGUCUCUUGGUAAAUUGUGGAACUCAUGUAAAAAUUUCUUGGUGAUCUUAUGCCUCAAUGUAACUUAAGUAACUGCUUAAAAAUGUAGCAAAUCAAGACCAAAAUGAGACUAUUUGGAAGACUGAAGUACUUAAGUAUUUUCUUAAAUUUCUGUGUUCUAUAUGUGAAAUGCACUUUGCUUGUUUUGCAGUUCAUGACUGUCAAGUGGCACCACUUGUCUCUACCUUUCUUUUCUUGAACUCAUUUUUGUCCAUUUUUUCCCACUCAAAUUACUUCACUCUUCAUGAAACAACUAUUGCCAAGCCUCAUUCUUAAAAAAUAAGUUAUCAUUGUACAGAGCUAAGUUUUGCAAAAGAUCUGUAUCAGUUCAUUGUAUGUGUAACUGUGAACAAGCCAAGUCAUUUUGGUCUCUACGAGCUUCAGUGCUCCUGGUCUUUGAAGUGAACACUUGAAUGCCUAUCCUGGUUUCCUCACAAACUUUUUGUGAGAAGCAGUUGAAGUAGUAAAUGAAAUGGUUUUGAAAAUGGAGACAAACUAUUGAAAUGUCAGAGAGUGGAGUAGUAGAAGGCAAACAAGGAUCCAACCCUAUUAAAAGACUUAAACUUUUACCUUUUCUGAAAAACCUUUGAAAUAUACAAAGAGGCCAC